AUGAAGACUAUAAUGGCAGCCAAAUCCCCUCAUGACUCUUCAUUCUCCUUCUCUAGGAGGUAUUUCCAUUGGAAAAAGAAGGCUUUGGAUGGGGAUGAUGAGGAAGAAAUCCUGAACAUAAGUUCUUCCUCACAUUUCCAUGAGGAUGAAGAGAAAGAAGAGGAUCAUCAUCACCUCAGGAUCCAAAUGCCACCAGAACUUGGUGGCUUUUUGCCAGUGGAAAAGAAGAAGCAUUCAAAGUCCAAGUUCAGGUCAGCUCUCACUGUGUUCAGAAAGAGUCGUUCACUUCACAGCUCUGGCUUAGGCACACGUGUGGUUGGUACCCUUUUUGGCUACCGUCGUGGGCAUGUCCAUUUUGCAUUCCAAGAGGACCCCAAGUUGAGCCCUGCAUUCUUGAUCGAGCUAGCAACACCAACAAGUGUUUUGGUCAAGGAAAUGGCUUCUGGGUUGGUCAGAAUUGCCUUGGAGUGUGAGAAGAAGACAGGGACCAAGGGUGUGAGGUUGUUAGAGGAACCCCUUUGGAGGACUUAUUGCAAUGGAAGGAAAUGUGGGUAUGCAAAUAGGCGUGAGUGUGGGCCAGAGGAGUGGAAGAUAUUGAAGGCAGUGGAACCUAUUUCAAUGGGUGCUGGUGUGUUACCAAUGCCAGGUGGUGGGAAUGGAGCUGAGUCCGAAGGUGAACUCAUGUACAUGAGAGCCAAGUAUGAGAGGGUUGUGGGGUCUAAGGACUCUGAAGCCUUCUACAUGAUGAACCCAGAUGGUAGUGGGGGUCCUGAGCUCAGCAUUUACUUGCUUAGAGUUUAA